AUGCUUUCCAACACAACUGAUGAUGGCUUCUACGAUUUGCAGCACGGUCAAGACCCCGACAUAGUUCACGUACGAGGUCUGUGCAGGGGAGAUGUGAAUCAGACAACUUGUCAGAAUUGCCUCAACGAUGCCAAAACUCGUCUCCCAACGUUAUGUCCAAAUCAGAAAGAAGCAUUUGGGUACUAUGACUUCUGCACUUUAUACUAUGCCAGCAAUCGAAGACGCAGAAAUAUCGGCACUCAACCUCCCCAUAGUUACAACAACCCAACAGAUGCAAAAGACAAGGAAAAGUACACAAGUGCGCUUACUGAUCUAAUGCAGAGACUGAAAAGCCAAGCUUCUGGGGAGUCUGAUUUUAAGGUAGCUGUGGGAGGCAAAGUGGCUGAUGAGUCUGAAAAUGUUUAUGGUCUUGUUCAGUGCUCGCCAGAUUUGUCUACGAAAGAGUGUAGUGAUUGCUUGGAUGACGCGAUGUCAGAGAUCCCAGUCUGUUGUAGGAACAAGAUUGGUGGUAGGGUUAUUAAACUCGACUGCAAUCUUCGAUUUGAGACGGUUCAUUUCUAUUAUGAUAUUUAA